UAUAUCAUAUAUUAUCUAUUUUGUCUGUACAUUAGGUGUCUUUGUAAUUAUCUAUUCCCUCAUCACUACAUACAUACAGAGCUACAUAUCUUAAACUGCCAUGGCUAUGCUAAUAACCACCACUCCCCCCAGGGCACUAAUUGUACCUAUUAGAAGCUUAAUUCAUAUGUAGAUAUGUUUCCAAUGCAAACACUUCAACAUGUACAAACUGUGGAAGAUUGUCUCGACUAAAUACUGGUUAACACCAAGACGAGCUGGUUAUGACUUAGGCCAUGCUAUAAAGAUGGAAGUGAUCAACAUAGAUGAGGGCCGCUAUGAGCAAAGAGACCUUUUACCAAGUAGCAGCGGCUCCAACAGUUCCAGCAUUACCGAAAGCAACUACAGCAGUGAACAAUCCAGCGAUGACUUGGACAAGUCGGAUGAAGAAGACUUGAGAGAAGAUCUACAGAAAACCAUUCGAGAAUGCUACAAGUCUGACUCAAACUUCACAUCACAAUCUAAAGACAUCACAAAUGACGAAGAGUUCCAAGCUACAGCGCUAUGUCAAUUUAUGGAUAUUUUGAAUGACUUAGAUGAAGUUUUAGAUAAAUCUCUGCUUGCAUGCCUUGACGAUGGGGCUAAGAAUUAUGAUAGCGACGAAGGAGACCUUAUUUGUAAGAUUAAAGAGUGCAUUGGGGAUGCUGGCCAUUCCGACGAUGCACACUGCUCCAUUGAUGAUAAUGCUCAAGUAGUAACUGCAAGUAUACCUAACCAUGAAGUUCUUACUAAUAUUCCUGUAAGACCUAUUGUGCUUGCUCGCUCUAAAAGCUUUACAGAACUGUCUGGGAUUCAUAGAGAAGUCCCAUUAGAACGUGCAGGCACGACAAAUGACAACUUAAGAAGUUCAAUGCGUCGUCUCGACCCAAUAGUACUGCCAGCAAUAUCGACUCAGGAAUCCAAUGAACCGUUAACAUUACCUGUGAUCUUAUUUUUGGAGCAUCAUGUGAAUUUGAGGCCGACCAGUGCUCCCAUACAGUUACAAGUGACAGCGGCUAAUUUGAGUAGUGACGGGGCUUCAGGGCCUUUGAUAGUUGGUCGUAGGGCUUUGCUUAUGAACCGGGCUUUGAGUCUGCCGUCUCCGGGGGAUAGUGAUGUUACUGGGGACUGGACGGGGCGGAGCGCGAGGAGCACGGCGAGAAGCUCGAGCUCGUCGAGUGACUCUAGUGAGAGCUUGACUGGGGUCACUGCUGCGGAACAAACUGCUAUUGGUGCCACUGAAGAGAGAAACGAAGAGACUGAAGAGCCGCCGUUCGGCGUGUGGCCACACCGCAUGAGCGCCAUGUUAGCUUGCCUGAGCUGCACCGUCGGCAUAUUCAACAUCUCCCGCUUCGCAAUAUUCAGCGUUCACUUUGGAGCCAACUUCAUCAUACAGUUUCUGAUACUGUCACUUUUGAUCGGUAUACCACUAUUCACUCUCCACCUCUGCCUCGGCCAAGUCCUGGAGUCAGGCCCCGUGGACAUGUGGAAGAUAUCACCCAUAUUCCAAGGAGUCGGGGUGUCCAUGCUCAUAAUGCAGACAGUCACGGGCGUAUACAGUAUUAUAGGAUUGUCCUGGAUUUUCGUGUACUUCAGGGACUCAUUUAUAACGUCGAAUGACAAAUACAAGUGGGCGUUGCCGCACGAGUUUAAUUUUGAAGAUUCGGGAGGUAAAAACGCAAGCUUCAAAAUCCAAGACACGCUACCGCAAUACUUUCACGGAGAGGUUUUACAAAAGAACCAAGGGUCUAGCGGUCUUGGGACGAUAAAGUUCCAAGUGGCGUUUAAUCUGGCUGUCGUGUGGAUGAUCGUAUUUGUGGCGCUUAGCAAAGGGCUGCGGUCUUAUGGCAAGGCAGUGUACAUGUUAAUAUUCCUACCGAUGUGCGGCACGCUGGUGCUCUGCACGAAGCUACUGACGCUCAUACCCUACGACUCUGUUACCAAUAUCUUCUCGGAGACCGACUGGAGUGAAUUUUUCAAAAACGGCCAUAGUUGGACCGCAGCCGCCCAAGAAACCUUCCUAACCUGGGGCCUCCUCGGCGCGUGCGUGAUGCAGCUAACCUCCCACAAGAACGCCAAGACCAAAAGCAGCAAAGUGCUGCAGAAGGAGAGCGCGUGUAUAGUGGCCUUUACAUUCGCUGUGCUGCUACUAGCUUCGUUCCUGGCUAAUACGUGCGUGCAGAUACUGAAGAACUAUGGAUACGCGUAUAUACCGGGGAGCUAUGAAACCGUAGAGUCCACCCAAUUCCUCUGGCCCACAUCCGAGCCCCUGCCCGGCAAGGUCGUAUCCUUACCCGUCCGCAACCGUGGUCACUACGCCAGUCUUGUCGGAGUUACUGUAUGGAAGACUGAUAACACAGCGAAGCUGACGCUUAGCGGUUGGCAGCCGCUGCAGUUAGCCACGCAAAUUGUACCUGCUACUCUUGCUGUCUUACCUGCGAAUGUGCUCUCACCAGCCUGGGCGGUCAUCUUCUACUUCAUCCUCAUCAUGUUCGGCAUAGCGCAACAACUAGCCAUAUGGCACUGCGUGAUAACCGGCAUCAUGGCUAUCAACGCAUCGGCUUUAAAAGUCUGGGAGACUACCAUCACAUUCCUUAGCUGCGUGGUCGGACUUGGCGUUGGACUUGUGUUUACUACCGACGCGGGGGUCCGUCUGGUCCACUUCAUAGACUACGUGUGGGUCGGGUCGUGGGUGACGUGCGCCGUGCAGGUGGCCCUGACGGUGGGCGUGUUCGUGGUCCGCGGGCGACCAUACUCCGCCGACAAGGUGGUCACCGCGCUCUACUCGGCGAGGACAACCACUGAAACUGCUCUGGCCACGUUACUAAGCUUCACCUGGACCGUGGCUUUGCCUGUUCUUCUUUGUGCUAUCAGUGUCAUGGACUUCAGGUGUGGGCAACAGCGGCAGCUCUAUAGCUGGAGAAAACCCGCGGGGUACUGGCCAGUGUGGGCGCGCCAGACGGCGGUAGCGUUACAGCAAGGCGCGUUACUCUGUGUUCCUGCCGCUGCCUUCGUACAAACGUGGCGAUACAUGAGCAAAGGACCGCCCGAUAUUUUAGACCGUAUCCAGAACCUGUACCGUCCGGCGCUGGGCGGGGGCGGGGUCUCCCCCUCCCCGCCGCCCCCGCCCCGCGCCCCCGCCCCCGCCCCCGACCCGCCCCCCAAGUACACGCCGCCGCCAUCGUAUUCUACAGCCACUGGCGCGAGGUUGCUCAACACCAUACGACGCAGUUUCCGCACGCUCCGAAGAAUAACGUCCGCCCGCGCGCCAUCCCCCUCGCACGACGCGAGCGCCCCCAUCACGCUGAGCGAGACGGUCGACCGCGCCUCCCCCCCGCACUACACCCCGCCUACCAUCUCCGUCUCACACGAAGCCCACUCGUCUACCUCGCUCUCUCUAACCAGAGACUACCUCCGACGAUCCUUCGUACGUAAAAGUGAUUCAGCCAAAAGUAUACGAUCGAGUUUAAGAAGGAGUUUCAAGUAUGGCGGCGGAUUGACGACGAGUCAUGAACAUUUGGUAAGGGAUGCGGAGCCUAUAUCUAAUACUGUGGCUAUGUCCGCCAUGUUGGAGGCAGACGAUCCGCCUAAUGUUACGCGCAGUUUGGCUUCUGUUAUAUAAAAACACGCGUAUGUCUAUGUAACUU